AUGGAUGACAACCUGUUCGCCCCUCGGCAUGCUUCUGUCGCCCUCAAAACCUGGAGGAAGCUACAAGAUCUCAAGGCCGGUACUUCUAUGGCCCUCGACGGCCGAUCCCUUGACGUCGCCUCUGUUGUUGCCGUCGCUCGCCAUGGCCUCGUACCUCACAUCAAAGAAGACGCCCAUUUGAAAGAGCGUCUACAACAAAGCAUUAACGUGCUGAACAGUCACCUAGAUCAUGACUGGGUUAUCUAUGGUGUCAAUACCGGCUUUGGCGGGAGUGCUGAUGCCAGAACCGAAAAGCUCCGCAAACUUCAGAUCUCUCUCCUUCAGCACACGCAAAGUGCCAUUAUUACCACCUCUGACGUGAACGGUGAGCUCCUCGACCGGGAUGGGCAGUCUCAUGCCAUUCCCACCGACUGGGUUAAAGCCGCCAUCUUGGCCCGAGCAAACCAGAAUCUUCGCGGCCACAGUGGUGUCAGGUUGGAGGUCAUUGACACACUGCUUAAGCUGCUCCGAUUCAACAUCACCCCGGUGGUGCCUUUACGCGGCACCAUAUCUGCCUCGGGCGAUCUCAUGCCCCUAUCCUAUAUCGCCGGCACCCUGACAGGAAGCCCCGAAAUCCAAGUCCGCCAUGGGCCUUCCGCCUCUCAUAGGCUGACCACAGCCCAGGCUGCCUUUGAGAUGCACAGCAUCACACCUAUUGAGCUCGCCCCGAAAGAAGGCCUGGGUCUCAUCAAUGGCACCGCACCUUCUGUAGCUCUCGCUGCUCUCAUCGUACAUGAAUCUCAGCAGCUUGCCAUCCUUGCCCAGCUGCUCACCGCUUUCACCGCAGAGUCCCUUGCCGGCAACGUGGAAUGGUCGAACCCCUUUAUUCACGCCAUCCGGCCCCACCCUGGUCAACGUGAGGCGGCCUCGACCAUUCGCGCCCUCCUCAAAGGGUCCACCUUUGUCACCGGCCUCGAGUCCCGGAAGCGCACCGGCGAGGGCCUCUGGCAAGAUCGCUACUCCACGCGUACAGCCCCCCAAUGGCUCGGCCCUUACCUGGAGGACCUCCUCCUCGCCCAACGCCAGGUCGAGAUUGAACUCAACUCGACCUCUGACAAUCCCGUCAUCGAUACAACCGCAGGUCCCGAGGGCGAUGUCUACUCGGGCGGCAACUUCCAAGCGACAGCCGUCACGUCAGCCAUGGACAAGACGAAGAAUGCCCUGCAGAUGAUCGGCCGCAUGGUCUACUCGCAAUGCACGGAGCUCAUCAACCCGUCACUCAACAACGGCCUUGACGCUAACCUCGUCUUCGGCGACCCAGACAACUCAUAUACGAUGAAGGGCAUCGAUGUCAAUAUGAGUGCUUACAUGGCCGAGCUCGCUGCCCUCGCUCACCCCGUCUCGGCCCACGUGCAGUCGGCGGAGCUGCACAACCAAGGCAUCAACUCGCUCGCCUUUCUCUCGGCCCGCCGCACGAUGGAGGCCCUCGACGUCCUCGCCCAUAUGUGCGCUUGCCACGCCUACGUCUGUUGCCAAGCCAUCGACCUGCGCACUACCACCGCGCUUCCUCGCCGCCCAUACACCGCUCCCCGCGCUUGCAUCCUCACAUCAAGCUCGACGAGCGCAGCGUGCCGACACGCGCUGCCGCCGCGUAGCCUCCCGCGUAGCCUCGCACGUCCUCUCCUGGCCAUGGCACAGGGCUUCGCGCCCCUGGAAGCCAUCGCGGCAUUCGAGAUGGGUCUCUGCAAGGACAUGCUUGCCUGGGUUGCGGACCCUGCAAACGACCCCGAGCCGGCCGCGUCGGUCCCGAUGGGGAACCCGGCUAUGCCUGGACUGGGUCAGGGAUCGAGCGUGUUGUACGGCGUCGUCCGCGGGGCGCUCGCCGUACCAUUCAACCGUGGGGUUCUCGCCCACGGGCAGCCGACGAUCGGAAGUGACGUGAGUAAGGUGUACGAAGCUGUGCGGUUGGGGACCGUCAUGGACGCCAUCAUGGGCGAGAUCUCAGGAAUAUGGGAGGAGCAGCCGGCACCAAAAAGAGCAAAGCUUUAG